UGUCAUUUUAAUACGAUGUCCUGUAGAGGCAAUGAUGCUGCUGCAGCAAAGUGAAAUCUAAAAUCUCAGCUGACUCCAUGCUGGUGUCUGAUCCAGGUCUCUGUGUGUUUAUAACAUCUUGUUCUUUUCACCUCCACAGAUCAACAAAGCACAUGUGUGGCUGGAAAAAGGUCAAAGGUCACCUGCAGGAGGCUGGGCAGAGCCUUGCUCUAUUUUCCUGUGGGCUGCUAUUGGCAUCUCUAUAUGGUGCCAUGGCUCUGUUCCUGCAUCCCCAGGCCAUGUGGUACUGUGUGUACAGCACGGUGGGUGUGGCCUUCCUGGCAGCAUUCGGCCUGGGGUUGUCGACCAGCAUCCGAGGCACCGUCUUGCUCAUGGUGCCCUCAAUGUUCUCAGAACAUGGCUGGAACUUGCUGCAGGUAGUGUGCAUCUCGCUGCUUCUGUCCGGCCCACUCACCAACAUAAUUGAAAACUCGGAGGGACUCGCCACCACUCUGAUGUGUGGGGCGGAGCUGGCUGCCAAUCAAACCCAGGAACUGUUGCAGCGAGCAGCCACACCUCUGUUUCCUGUGUUGGACAAAAUUAAAGAGAUCAGCAACAACGCCUACGCUGUCGCAGGAAGAGUUCAGAACUUCAUGACGGCGAUGACGGACAGCACGCGUCACGUUGCUCAGACCUUGAGGAAUGUCCUGCACUUUCUGGUGGACAUCGGUGACGUCUGUAACAACAGGAUGGGCUCUCCGUACAAAAAGUGGCGUGCGGUCUUCAUCGAGGCUCAGACGGAUUGUGAAAAUCAGCUGAAAGACUUCAAAGCUCUGUGCCAGAUUGUGAACGUCUUCAUGCCACUCUGCCAAAUUGCUCAGGUUACUGCUCAGUUCUUCUGUAUCAUCCCAUCCUACAUCGGCAGCCUCAUCAAAGCACGACUGGCAAAACCCAUCGUCAACUCCUUCGAACACAUGAAGCGGGAAUUUGAGUUCAACAUUUCAGCUUCAGUGCAUUUUGACGUUGACGUGAACAGCAGUCGCUCGCUGCAGGAGAUGGGGCAGGGGAUCAUGGAGGCUGUGUCAUCCCGCCUUCACAUAUUCCAGAAGCUGAGUGAGCCUCUGGCAUAUGUCAGCCUCAUCCUGUGUUCUGGUCCUUCCUACAGUCAGGCAGUGUGGUACAGGCGUCGGUAUCUCCAGAAGGACAAAUUUGACAAUGUGUACAUCUCCGCUCAGUUUGUGGCGCUCGACCAACGGCUUUCCAGGGGGGGCGGAGUGUCUGUUCUGCCAGUCACUCCCCGCGAGGCCAAGAAAUUCAUCACACCAAUGUCUCUUCGUCAAACACCAGAGGAAUGGAGAGCGACCUGUAAGGGUGUGGCCUCCAUUCUAACACACAUGGCGAUGGCGGGGGUGCUGGUGGUGCUGGACUUCCUUUUGUUCUGGAUUCUGGAUCAGAUUCACCACCAGGCAAAGGGGGAUGUUGUUGCCAGAGCUCCUGUCAUGGUGUCCAUGGACGUGAAUGGAUCAGGAUACGCUGCAGACAUCUUCAAGGACGUGGUCUCUGCCUUUAAUAUCCUGCAGAGAGGAAAUAUUACUGUUAUCAGCAGGAAGUGUCUCCAAGAGCCCUCAGAGCCAGAUUACAGCACCUCCUUCAUCUUAGGGUUCCUGUACGGGCUCUCUCUGCUUCUCUCUUUGACCAGAGGUUACGUCCUUCGCUGCCGACGACUGAUCUGUGCUUAUUUACACCCCAACAGAGAGCUGGAGAGGAUCCAGUUCCUCCGUCGGCAGCUCCUUGACCAGAGGAGGAGAGAGGGAAAAGCGCUGAAAGCCUCUGCAGCCAGAGCCCGAGCUGACAGAGGAAGAGGAGGAGGAGGAAGAGGGAGCUGCCUUCAAACACUCCUUCGACGGUUACCUGGAGGCGUCCACCUGUUGGACCUGCUGGGUGUGUCCUCAGCCACCUGUCUGUCCUGCGGUGAGGUGGUGGGCAAAGACAUGGUCGCCUGUGAUGUCCCAGAGUGUUCAGCUCUGUACUGUCGGCCAUGUUUCCAGAGUCUGGACAACACCUGUGCGGUCUGCAUGCGGGCUCCGACUGUCCAGAAAAACAGCGAGGUGGAGCUGGAUUCCAGCGAUGAUGAGCAGCUGAUGCCAACUCAUCAUUCAUCAGUGAUCCUCAAACAAAGCAACUGAAGAACAGGAGGAUUUCUGU